CCUGACUCCGCCCCUCAGCUCUAGGCUCUCUAUAAAGCUUCCCUCACUGUCACACACACUGUCUGCUGCAUCCAGGAGUCCAGCAUGAAGCUCUCCAGCAUCUGUGCCUUCCUGUCCUGCCUCGUCUUAGUGCAGGCAGAACAACGGAUCAAAUGGUGUUUAAAGUCAGAGGCGGAGUUGGGGAAAUGCAAGGAGUUAAAGUCUCUAGACUGCGUGAAGAAGGCAGGAACUCGGGAGUGUAUCGAAGCUGUUGGGAAAGGUGAAGCAGAUGCCAUCACUCUGGAUGGAGGAGAUAUCUACACAGCCGGUCUCCAUCCCCAUAACCUUCACCCCAUCCUGGCAGAACAUUAUAACACAGGGACCUGCUACUACGCUGUAGCUGUGGCAAAGAAAGGCACUGGCUUUGGCUUCAAUGAGCUAAUUGGGAAGAAGUCGUGUCAUACUGGUUUGGGGAAAACUGCAGGCUGGAACAUCCCCAUCGGGGCGCUCAUCAAAAACGAACAGAUUAAAUGGGGUGGCAUCGAUGACAAACCUCUGGAGGACGCGGUGGCAGAUUUCUUCUCUGAGAGCUGUGUGCCAGGAGCAACAAAUGCCAAACUGUGCAAGUUGUGUAAAAACAAUUGCCAGCGCUCUCACGACGAGCCGUAUUACGAUUAUGAAGGAGCUCUCCUGUGUCUGAAGGAGAGAAAUGCAGAUGUGGCGUUUGUGAAGCACCUCACAGCGCUCGAUAAGAAGGACGAGUAUGAGCUGCUGUGUCCAGACGGCACCAGGAAGCCUGUUGAUGAGUAUGAAACCUGCAACCUGGCCCAAGUUCCUGCUCAUGCCGUCGUCAGUCGCUUUGACAAAGAUCUGUCUGACCACAUCGAGUCGACUCUAUUGUCACUGAAGGAUAAGGGUCUGUUCUCCUCUGUGGGUCCUGAAAGAAACCUGAUGUUCAAAGACUCGACGUCGAAGCUGACGAGACUCCCAGAGGUCACCAACUCCUUCAUCUACCUGAAAGCAGAUUACUGGGACUCCAUCCACUCCCUCAGGAGAGAUAACACAGCUAGCGAGUCGUCCCAGGCUAUUAAAUGGUGUACAGUGGGAGUAAGUCAGAGGGCUAAAUGUGACUUAUGGAGCGGCAAAACUGCUGAUGAUGAAGGCAACACCAAGCUGCAGUGUGAAACCAAAGCUACAGUUCAGGACUGCAUCAAAGCCAUCCUGCUUCAUGAAGCUGAUGCUAUUGCAGUUGAUGGAGGAGAAGUGUACACUGCUGGGAAGUGCGGUCUGGUGCCGGUCAUGGUGGAGCAGUACGUUGCUGAAAAGUGUAAAUCUGAGUCAGAUAUCGUAAGGCCCUGUACUGAGUGUAAGUCCUUCCUCUCAUUCUGUGCCCCUAUAGGAGAAACCUCCUCCUAUUACUCUGUGGCUGUAGUGCGCAAGAGCUCCGGUGUGACCUGGGAAAAUCUGAGAGACAAAAAGUCAUGUCACACAGGCGUGGGACGAACCGCAGGCUGGAACAUUCCCAUGGGUCUCCUCCAUGAAAAAUACAAGAGUUGUGACUUUCCAACAUACUUCACUGCAAGCUGUGCUCCUGGUUCAGAUCCUGCAUCAAAUCUGUGUAAACUGUGUAAGGGAGACGCCACAAACAAAUGCAAAGCCAGUCAUGACGAGCCUUAUUAUGGCUAUGAUGGAGCCUUCAGGUGUCUGGCUGAAGGUGUUGGUGACGUGGCCUUCAUUAAACACACCACUGCAACAGAUAACACAGAUGGUAAUGGGCCAGCAUGGGCUAAGUCCUUCAAAUCAUCAGACUUCCAGCUCAUCUGCCCCGGAGGCUCUGCUGAAAUUACUGAAUACCAGACGUGUCAUUUAGCCCAAGUUCCAGCUCACGCCGUCAUCACUCAUGAAGGAAAACGAAAGGAGGUGGUGUCGUUCCUCAAGGACCAGCAGGAGAAGUUCGGUCCUUCUGGCUCAGACCCUGACUUCAGGAUUUUUGACUCUACAGAUGGAAAAUCACCGUUUAAAGAAGGCACCAAAUGUCUCCAGGAGGUAAAACAGAGCUAUGAGGAAUUCCUGGGACAAGAAUACUUAACCUCCAUAACAUCACUGCACGAAUGUCCAAAGGCCAAGUCCGAACUGGAGGAGGCCUGUUUCCAUACAAUUUGUACAGCAUCCUAAAAGGGUCCUGUUUGUCUUGGACACAUUACAAACAUCUGCCUGUAGAUUUCUCUCUCAUUGUUUUUGUUUUCUGAGCUUUUUGGAAUAAAUGGCAUCUGAGUGUGAUUUGCUUUUCCAUUCUUUAUUCAGAAGCUGUCUGAAAUAAAAAAAGAAAUGAUUAACAAAA